UCCGGCUCCAAGCUCGGGUAGCCGCAUCCCCGCGGUCCUCGUCUUUCCAGGCCCGCUCUUACCCUCUUUCCCCCAAACCCGCUGCGACCAUGUUUGUUCCCUGCGGGGAGUCGGUCCCCGACCUUACGGGCUUCACCCUCCUGAUGCCAGCAGUCUCUGUUGGAAAUGUUGGCCAGCUUGCAAUAGAUCUGAUUAUUUCUACACUGAAUAUGUCUAAGAUUGGUUACUUCUAUACCGAUUGUCUUGUGCCAAUGGUUGGAAACAAUCCAUAUGCGACUGCCGAAGCAAAUUCCACAGAACUUAGUAUAAAUACUGAAGUAUAUUCAUUGCCUUCAAGAAAGCUAGUGGCUCUUCAAUUAAGAUCCAUUUUUAUUAAGUAUAAAUCAAAGCCAUUCUGUGAAAAACUACUUUCCUGGGUGAGAAGUAGUAACUUUGCAAGAGUUAUUAUUCUUUCAAGCAGUCAUUCAUAUCACCGUAAUGAUCUACAGCUGCGUAGUACUCCCUUCCGGUACCUACUUACACCUUCCAUGCAAAAAAGCGUUCAAAAUAAAAUAAAGAGUCUUAACUGGGAAGAAAUGGAGAAAAGCCCAUGCAUUCCUGAAAUAAAUGAUUCUGAGUUUUGUAUCCGUAUUCCAGGAGGAGGUAUCACAAAAGCACUCUACGAUGAAAGGUGA